AUGAAGGCGCCGGCGAUGCUACUACUGAUCUUUGCCGUGGCAGCAGCUUUAGCGGUUGCUGCUACGGCCCACAACCACAGCCACCAUCAUCAUCACCACCACCAUCACCACCAUGCUCCAGCUCCAGCGCCGGCUCCUAACUCUCUCCCACCAUCGGCUGGUGGAGGGAAGGGCAACUCGACCCACCACUUGGUGCCGCCGGCGACUACUCCGUCGCCGCAUGAUGGUCCCAGUCCUACUCCAGCCUCGUCGGCGGCAGCUGUCCUCGUUGGCUGGUGGGUUGCUGCUUGGAUCGGUGGAGCCUCGACUGUCAUAUUAGUUGCCGGAGGAGUUGGUCGUAUGUGA